CGAGGCUGAUAUAACCUGCCAGAGACUACCCCAGGUUGAUAUAACCUGCCACAGACUAUCGGAGGCUGAUAUAACAUGCCACAGACUACCCCAGGCUGAUAUAUCCUGUCCCACUGGCUCAUCGACCCAUCCACAAUAUGCCCAAACUCCCGAUAGAUACUGUGAUGUUCCAUCUCAAGACCAAGUGUAACUAAGAAGAAGUUCACAAUGUCAAGCAGAGAUAAAAAGUUCUCCUGUGAGGAAUGUGGCAAACGGUUUUGGUUGAAGUCUACUCUUCAGACACAUUUACUUGUGCACAAUGGUAUGAAGGAGUUUGAAUGUGAGGAAUGUGGGAAACAUUUUGCACUGAAGGGUAAUCUCAAGACACACAUUCUUGGACACAGUGGUAUAAAGAAGUAUAAAUGUGAGGAAUGUGGGAAAAAUUUUGCACAAAAGAGUACUCUCGAGACACACAUUCUUGUACACAGUGGUAUAAAGGAGUUUGAAUGUGAGGAAUGUGGGAAAUGUUUCUCCCAGAAGGGUACUCUCAAGAGACAUAUUAUUGGACACAGUGGUAUAAAGAAGUUUGAAUGUGAGGAAUGUGGGAAAUGUUUCUCCCAGAAGAAUACGCUCAAGACACACAUUCUUGUACACAGUGGUACAAAGGAGUUUGAAUGUGAGGAAUGUGGGAAAUGUUUCUCCCAGAAGAAUACUCUCAAGAUACACAUUCUUGGUCACAGUGGUAUAAAGGAGUUUGAAUGUGAGGAAUGUGGGAAACAUUUUGCAGAAAGGGGUACUCUCAAUAAACACAUUCUUGUACACAGUGGAAUAGGAGAGUUUGAAUGUGAGGAAUGUGGGAAAUGUUUCUCCCGGAAGGGUGCUCUCAACAGACACAUUCUUGGACACAGUGGUAUAAAGAAGUUUAAAUGUGAGGAUUGUGGGAAGCAUUUUGCACUAAAGAGUACUCUCAAAACACACAUUCAUGGACACAGUGGUAUAAAGGAGUUUAAAUGUGAGGAAUGUGGGAAACAUUUUGCAGAAAGGGGUACUCUCAAUAAACAUAUUCUUGUACACAGUGGUAUAAAGGAGUUUGAAUGUGAGGAAUGUGGGAAAUGUUUCUCCCGGAAGGGUGCUCUCAAUAGACACAUUCUUGGACACAGUGAUAUAAAGAAGUUUAAAUGUGAGGAAUGUGGGAAACAUUUUGCACUAAAGAGUACCCUCAAGGAUCACAUUCUUGUACACAGUGGAAUAGGAGAGUUUGAAUGUGAGGAAUGUGGUAAAUGUUUCCCCCGGAAGGGUAAACUCAAAUGUCAUAAACUUGUGCAUGAAAAACAAAACAGAAUUCAAUAAAUGAUUGACACUUUAACAGAAGGCAAAUGUGACACAUAUACUUGAAUACUGUGAUAUACUGUACAUCAAUAUAAAACCACUUGAACAAACUCUAUGAAUGGAGCUGAAAUAAAGACAAGUGACAAAUGCCACUUUUAUAGAUAUUAAACACAAGUUAUAAUUAU